AUGAUUUCAAUAAAAUUUAACAGUUUUUUAAUAUUAACAAUUUUAAUAACAAUUUUAUCAACAACAACAAAUUUUGUUGAUUGUCAACCAGAAACAGGAGUAUGGCCUCCAAUGGAUACUCCCCCACCAUUUGAUGACUCCUGGGCAACAGUAGUUGACUUUACUGUAGUACCAGAUGCUCCAGUUUCUACAGCGUAUGGUGAUUGUCCUGCCGUUGAUACCUUUUGUUCAUGGACUUGUACAAAAUGCACUAAACCUGAAGAUGUUGUCACCUGUCCUACUAUUGGGCAUUCACUUUCGAUGACGGGCCUACGUUCACGUGCGAUAACCAAUCCUCUAAUAUUAAAAAGAGCUGUUGAUUCUGGUCAUCAAAUUGGUAUUCAUACUUGGUCACACACAGCCUUAACAACUCAAACCAAUGAAGAAAUCGUUUCCGAAAUCAAAUGGACAGAACGUGCAAUUCAAACCUAUGCCGGCGUAACUCCUAAUUUACUUAGACCACCACAAGGUGAUUACGAUGAUCGUAUUAGAGAUAUAGCCAGACAAUUAGGCUACACAAUCGUAUUAUGGGAAUUGGAUUCCUUCGACUGGAUGGUUGUACAAGAUACUACAUAUCCUGUUGAAUAUAUCACCGGUAAUUUCACUGCAUGGGCCGACAACACUACAGCUACAGCUGGUCAUAUCACAUUAGGACAUGAUCUUUAUGAAGAGACUGUUGACUUGGCUCCCCAAUAUUUCCCUAUAGUCACUGGCAAAGGUUUCAAUGUUAAGACAGUUGGUGGUUGUAUAAACAAACCAGACUUUAACCCAUUAGUUAGUGCUACAACAACUACUGCCGACGUUGCCGCAACUACUACACCUGCUGCACCAACCAAAAGAAAACGCCAACUCUUUAAAAAAAGAUUAACAGAUAUUUAA